AUGUUUUUUAUUUCAACGUCAAGUAGUUUACUCGACUGGUCACCUUAUAUUUUGAAGAACUACCAGAAACUUCAUAAUGUUUGUUACAAACAAAAUGCUAUAGCUUUUAAACGACUUGACACAACUCGUGUUUCUGCUCAUCAGUUUGACCGUUUUGCUACUCACUUGUACCUCGUAACCACUAAAUGCCGGCAAAAAUCAAGCGCUCAACCAUUAACAAGAACUACAAAAAGAGUCGAAUUGCAACAAGAAUCCUCAAAGAUGACCGGCGAAGACACUUGGACAACGCCGAAAUAUACGCACAAUAGGCCGAACGAGUCACUGAGGCGAGCCGAGCAUGCGAUCCAGCCUUUGCUGAGCGUGGUGGUCUACGGGCUUUGCUGCAUUCCGCACAAGAAACGCUCUAGCGCCGGCGCGAUCAAUCAGAGUGUCGAACCGAUACAACCAAUUGCUUCAAAGCCGGCACCACACGAUAUCCUCGCCGCGACACAAUCGCUCACCAUGGAACCGAUCACCGACAAGAUGCAACGAGGCGGAAAUAGCGACAUCAUUGAAGUUUCCAGAGAGAAGCUAUGGCCGCGAAAGAAGUCGAGGUAUAUGAUAAGGAUACUGCGAGCUAAAGCGGGAGAUCGAAAUCGGCUGAGGAUCGUGACCCGACCAUGGAGAAUAUUCCAUCGAUACGUUGAGGAGGAUGAAAAGCCAACCAAGCCAAUGAAACGAAAAUCGACCGGCACCGAGGAAAUCGCUGGA